AUGAGCUCGUCAGCACACGGAGUUCCGGGAGAGAGUGUCCGCCAACAAAUCAUCGAUGAGGCUACUGACAAAAUCGAAGCCAUCCUUCGGCGCUGCGACCCCAUCAUACCGGAACAGAGAAUGGCAAUCCAGAGCGCGCGAAUGAUUAUGCGCAAAGUGGAUAUCGUCUCGCGGCGCCAGUGGCAGAUUCUUCGCUCGCCGGACGACCGGGAGCCCAUGGCAUCGGAAAGCGAGAUCAGCGAAGCUGUUCAGCACUUGGAAAUGACCAACGGCAUGAUGUGGCAAGACGAAGACCUCGCUGCCUAUCAAUGGAUCAACUGCGCUUUCCCGCAAUACCACAUUAUGCUCAUUAUCCUUCGACACCUAUGCGUGGUUCCCUUCGGCGAACUUGCCAAGCGCGCCUUUGCGGCCGUCGAGCUGCAUCUUGGGAACUUCAAGACCAGCAGGAAUGGGUCACUCGAUGGACUGAAGUGGACGGUCCUCACCACUUUGAGAGACAGGGCAUUUGCACUGAUGCAGAAGGUUGAACAAGAUAGUGUAAGCGGGCAGCAGGCAAGCACUAGUCAGCAGAUGGACACUCCGCCGGGGGACGACGACGGAAUGCACGUUGAUAUGGGCAUUGCUGCACUGGAUUGGAACUCGAUCCUGGAGGAGUACCCGUUGGAUAUGGAACAUUUCUCGUGA